GUUGCGUCAUGGCGUUGUGUUGUUUUUACGAAAUCCUCUUUGGACUGGUGUGACGGUCUGUCCGAGGAGAGCAGGGAGCGUCUUCCUGGAGGAGCAGGCGCAGCACUGGCAGGGUCCCCAAGAUGCCUGGAAUGGUGAUAUUUGGGAGACGCUGGGCUAUCGCCAGUGAUGACUUUGUUUUUCCGGGAGCCUUUGAACUUUUCAUCAGAAUGAUCUGGUGGAUUGGAAUUCUUGUUUUGUACUCCAUUCACAAAGGGAAAUUUAACUGUACUGGAGGGGGAUUAUUGCACAGCUACCUGCUUGUCCUCCUCAUUCUCCUGGCUGCCAUAAUAUGCGCUGUAUCUGCUAUUGUGUAUAUCAGUAUGCAAGGAACAAUUUCUAACCCUGGGCCAAGGAAAUCUCUUCCUAAAUUGAUUUAUACUCGGCUAGGUCUUUAUAUCCCAGAAUUGGUCUGGGCAGUUGUGGGAGCUAUAUGGGUGUCGGACACCGAUGUACGUUGUGAAAGGACUGUGGUAAAUGUCGUAUUUUGGACAGUUAUUGCAAGCUGGGUUAUCAUCAUCUUUACCGUCGUUGCAGUUGUAAUUGUCUUUGAUCCACUUGGGGGGAAAAAGACACUGUACCUGGCUGAUGAUAUAAAUCGCAACUUGGAAAGCAGUCAAUCAGGCCAAUUGUUUUAUAAUGUCAAGAAGACCGCAACCAGAGUCUGGGAGAGGAGAAUCAGGUUACUGUGUUGUUGUAUUAUGCAAGAUGAUGAUCACCGAGUGGCUUUUACAAGUAUUGCAGAGCUUUUCCGCACCUACUUCUCAGACACUGAUCUGGUGCCUAGUGACAUAGCAGCAGGUUUGACUCUGCUCCAUCAAGAGCAAGAUAAAGUGGAAAACUGCCCAAAAGAGCCUGAAGAAGUCCUGUGUCAUUCCCACCUAUCCCAUGUGACUGAUGAUCUGGAUAUUGAAUUAGAAAAUGCUGCUCACUACAUGCAGUUUGCUGCAGCUGCUUAUGGAUGGCCUUACUACAUAUACACUAACCCAUUUACUGCACUCUGUAAGCUUAAUGGUGACUGUUGCAGAAACAGCCCAACAGAUUCUGAUAUAAUUGGCGGUGAUCAUCUUAACUUUCACUUUGGAUCCAUCCUAAAAAUAACAGGGCUACAGUACAGAGAUUUCAUUCAUAUCAGCUUUCAUAACAAGAUUUUCGAGAUCCCAUUUUUUGUUGCUUUGGAUCACAAAAAGGAGGCUAUUGUGGUUGCAGUGAGAGGAACCUUGUCUUUUGAGGAUCUCCUCACUGAUCUGUCAGCAGAGUGUGAAGACCUGACGCUCGAAGACGUUCUGGAAAAUGGUUUUGUACAUAAGGGGAUAACUCAAGCAGCAAAUUACAUCUACAGAAGGCUAAUAAAUGAUGGCAUUUUAAACCAGGCUUUCACCAUUGCUCCUGAAUAUAAACUAGUUAUAGUUGGUCACAGUUUAGGUGGUGGAACAGCUUCCAUAUUGGCCAUCAUGCUCAGAAACUCCUUCCCAACAUUAAGGUGUUAUGCCUUUUCUCCUCCAGGAGGAUUGUUAAGCAAAUCACUUGCAGACUACUCUAAAUGCUUCAUUGUGUCAGUCAUUGUUGGAAAGGACCUUGUUGCAAGGUUAAGUAUGCCCAAUAUGGAAGACCUGAAGAGAAGGCUAGUGAGAAUAGUUGCUAAUUGUAACAGGCCGAAGUACCAGAUCCUGCUGUAUGGGUGUUGGUAUGAAGUGUUUGGAGGAGAUCCAGAUAAUUUCCCAACUGAGUUAGAUGGUAGAAGUCAAGAUGCCCUAACCCAGCCUCUUCUAGCUGAAGAGAGUUUAAUGAUGCAUCGGUCACCUUCUUACAAUGCCAUUGAGGAUGAAUCUCCUUUAAAUGCUCCACCUCAGUAUCCUCAUCUUUAUCUCCCAGGAAAAAUCAUCCAUAUUGUAGAAGAAACCAGCUCAAGAAGGUGGUGUUCUUCUGAUGUUAAAUAUACUGCAAGAUGGUCAAAAGAAACAGCCUUUAGCAAUAUUUUAAUAAGUCCCAAGAUGAUAACGGAUCACAUGCCAGAUGUUGUGCUCAAAGCCCUGAACAACUUGACUGAGGAAAAAGCAUCUUGUAUUCCCUGUCAAAUAGAAGGAGACUUUCACACCAACACAAUAUGACUAUAACUCUAAGAGAACAGCCCUAUUUUUUUUUUCUUCUUUAGGCUUCAAGUAUUCAGGAGCCUUUAACCUCAGACUUAAGUGGUGGUGUGGGGUUUUUUGUUUAUUUUUUUUAACAUGCCUAAAAUAGAAACACUGGAGGGGUUGUCUUGGUGAUGGUCAUAAUGCAAAAUGCAUUUUACUCUGCAGAGGUUCUGCAAAAGUAAACAUUACUGGCUAACUGUAAUAAGAUAGUUAAAAUGAAUGUAUUCAGGAUUUUGACAGAAGCAGAUCUAACCUUUCUGGAAAUGGAACAGUAAGAUGAGUCUUAGCCAGUUACAUGUAAAUUACUGUAUCUUUCAUUUUACAGCUCGAAGGAUUUGGAUA